AUGGGGGUGACCGAUGAUGAACAAAGGUGGUACGUGGCUGUUAGUUACGAUCAAAGAAUGGUUUGUUUCGAGACUUUUUCAACAGGGGGUGCUGCUGUCGGGAUUUCGCAGGUCUUGAUCGGGAUCUAUAUCUACUACCGUUUUAGCUUCUCUUUUUCCCUGUUUUUCCUCUCUUGGAUUCUGAGGUUUUGUUCUUUGAGGUGUAAGUUCAUGGAAUCUCCACAAUCUGUUGUAUCACCAUUGAAGAACUCAUCAAUUUACUCCGACCCCAAAAACCAUAAUCUCAAUCAUUCCCCAAAAAGCCCUGAAUUCACAUCAAAAAAACCCGACCCAUCCCUUGGUGUUCUCGAUAUCUACGUUCACCAAGCUAGAGACAUUCAAAACAUCUGUAUAUACCACAAACAAGAUGUUUAUGCCAAAAUUACCCUCACUACCAACCCCGAAAAAUCCGUCACCACAAACACAAUAAAUGGAGGUGGACAAAAUCCCGUUUUCAACGAAAAGGUUUCAAUUGAUCUCCCCACUCUCGAUACUUCAAUCAAAUGUGAAAUAUAUAUGUUAAGCCGAGUCCGGAAUUACCUCGAAGAUCAAUUGCUAGGUUUCACUGUAAUCCCGCUUUCCGAUGUUAUCUUCAAGAAAGUCGAAAAGGAGUUCUCGUUAUCAACAAAUGAUAUUUUCCAUUCCCCUUCUGGUUUCGUUCAGCUCUCUUUGUCGUACAAUGGAGUGUCGCCGGAUGUCAUUGCGAUUCCAAUUCCGAUUCCGUCAUUGCCGGAUUCCGACACGCCGGUUUCCGAUUUGGAUAAACUCGAGUUCCCAGAUCCGAAAAUUGCAAAUGAAAACGAGAUGAUGGUGUCGGAAUAUAUCGGGCUUAGUUCAGAGAGCUUAGUCUCGUCUGAUACAGACGAUCAGACGAGUUCGGAAAACGGUGCAUCGUUUGGGUUCAAAUCUGAGUCACCUCCAACAAGUGUCUCGACUAAUGGGUCUCAAUGUGAUUCCGUUCCUUUUGUUGCUGAUAAACUGGAAUCCAGAAAUCAAGAAUCAGAAUCGGAAUCGUCUCUGAAAGAUGACCCGGUUAAAGGUGGGUCGGUUGGUGACGUGGCAAACAAGCCUGUGGGUGUGGUGAAUCUUGAGAUGGAUCAAAAAGUGGUGCAGCAAGAUUUUGUGGAUUUGUACAUGAAGAGUAUGCAGCAGUUUACUGAGUCGUUGGCGAAGAUGAAGCUGCCAUUGGACAUGGAGACCGAGAAGACGAGUUCGGGGGACUCGAGCUCGGAUCAAAACUCGGGAACACCAAAUGGGACCCGCCCACGAGUUUUUUAUGGGAGUCGGGCUUUCUUUUGAAGUGAUAGAUGAUUUUAUGCUCCAGUCAUCCGAUAUCAUGAAUGCUCGGAUGACUGAAGCAUAAAUGCUGACGCAAUUUGGAGGUGAUAGUGAGGGAUUUAGAGUUGAGAGAAUGAUGAUUGUUAGUGUUGUUUAUGUAUGGAACAUUGUGUUUUUCUCUCAUUUUCUUUUGUUAUGUUGUUGAUUGU